AUCUAUCCCCAACAUCUGUGAAGAAAAAGCUGUGCACCUGAAUGACAGCCCUAGUUUCCCAGACUCCCUGGAAAAUGUUCUUAAGUGUGCAGGAGAGCAUGACUUUGGACUCAUUAACUUGCUGGCACAACCGUGUCUCUGGCCGAAUGUAAGCGUCCCCUUACCAGGCUGCUGCAGGCUGAGCUUUGUUGACAUGGGGGAUGGAGUGAGCCAUCUCCCACUCCCUGGGGGCUCUUUUGUUAAGCCAUUGCCUAGCAACUUCAGCAGGAGCACAGCAAGCUAUGGCGUCCUCCCAGGCAGGCAGCAGCUUUUUAUACCACACGGAUGAUUUCACCUUUGAAGAGAGGACUUCAAUGUAUCAGUUGCGGCUGGAGAGGCAGAGAGUGGAUGGGAAGCCCCCAGAGCUGCAUACACUGUCAUGUAGCACCACUGUUUUUUCCAGCACCUACACUGGAAACCAGAAAUCUCUUCUCCACCGGCUGAUUUUCCUGGCCAAGAUCUCACCAGAGCUAGCUGACAAAAGGGAUUUAGCUGAGUACUGGGAACAACUGUUUGCGAGUCUUCAGCGCUCCUAUUACCAGAGCGAGGGGGUCACAGGCCUACUGCUGCUCUACCCCACAUAUGUUGUACACAUCCUGGAGUCAUCCAGUGAUGUGCUUUAUGCUGUCCUGCGAGACCUGAGGGACAUGGAGGAGCAGCAGAGAGUGUUAGUCCUGGACGCCAAGAUCCUUGUCAUGUCCCACAAUCUCCCUUCCCGACUCUUCCAGCAGUGGAACUACAAAGUGCUGAAUGUGCCUGAGAGAUACCAGGAGUACGAUGCAGCCCGAGAAGAGCCGGCGGAGGCUAUCAUCUGCGAGUGCCUCACCACGCUCCUGAAACUUGGCAAGCAUCUGCAGAGGUAUCCCAAGAAGCCCAAGAACCUUGAAGACACCAUCCUGGAGAAGGUCCCAGAGCUCAUUGUCCCCCAAGAUACCAUCUGCCACCUGCUGGAAUGCCAAGAGUUACUGAGUGCAGCUCAGUACCUGCAACUUUAUGACUCCCCUGUGAACAUUCUGAUGGACUCAGAGACAUCAUGGCCUUUGGCAGAACGGUUAAAACUGCAUCUUGAAUGGGCUGCUGCAAAGGGAACCCACUUUCAAUAAGGAAAAAGGACUCGGGACGAAAUGUAUUGCAUUUGGAGCAGAGUGGUAGUAGCAGGAAAUCAAGGCUGAAUACCUUAAGAUUUGAUUGAGAAUUCAACAACAAAGGAGGUGUUUUAAAGUGAUAACUGCAAAGCAAGGGUGGGAUGAAAGGAGGUGCAGUUGAGCCAUUUUUAUCUCACUUGUUGUUUUAGUUCACCAUUUGUGGAAAGUAUUGAAAAUCUCUAGUGUUGCUCUGGAAUCUUAGGCAUUCCUUCAAUUCAGAACCAGCAUCUAAAUGGCAAUGUUUUCAAAAUAAAGCAUGAUCUCACUUACUAGAACGGAUUGCAA